UUAGAAUUUUGAUUUUCAUGCAUUCGGGUCGAAAAUUUAAGAAAAAUUUUAAUUCUUUUCAAUUACUUAAUUAACAUAAUUUAUUAAUUAAUAAAUUGUCAUAUUUUAAUAAUUAAAUAAAUUAUAGAAUUAUUUUAAAUUGAAAUAAAUAAAAGCGUACAAUUUAAAAAGUAGUUAUUUUUAACCCUAAAACAUAAAAAAAUUACUUUUAUAAUGUCACCCGUCGAUGAAAGUAUUGAAUCAACUAUUACAGUAUUAUGGUUUCGACACGGUUUACGAUUACACGAUAAUCCAGCUUUAAUUGAUGCCAUAAACAAUUGUAAAUUAAAUAAUAGUAAAUUAUUACCAAUUUUUAUAUUUGAUGGUGAAACAGCUGGUACCAAAAUAGUUGGUUAUAAUCGUUUGAAAUUUUUGUUAGAUUCAUUGAAUGAUUUAGAUAGAAAAUUUCAACAAUAUAAUGGUCGUUUAACUAUAGCUUAUGGUGAUCCAGUAUAUAUUUUUCGUCAACUAAAUAAAUAUUUGAAAUUAAAUAAAAUUUGUUUUGAACAAGAUUGUGAACCAAUAUGGAAAUUACGUGAUGAUAAAGUCAAGGAUUUAUGUAGAAAUGAAUUGAUGAUAAAUUAUGAAGAAAAAAUUUCUCAUACUUUAUGGAAUCCACAAAAAGUUAUUGAAACAAAUGGCGGCAUACCACCGUUAACAUAUCAGAUGUUUUUGCAUACAGUAGAAGUUAUUGGUUUACCACCGAGACCUGCACCUGAUCCAAAUUGGACUGAUGUAAAAUUUUGUAUAUUACCAGAUAAUGUUAAACAACAAAUGAAUAUUUAUGAUAAGAUUCCCGAGCCUUCAGAUUUUAAUAUUCAUCCAGAAUUUCCUAGCAUUAAGCAGUUUAAUAAUUGGAUUGGAGGUGAGGAAAAAGCUUUAGAACUAUUAUGUCAUCGACUGAAAGUUGAAGAAAAUGCUUUUCAAAAUAAUUAUUAUAUGCCUAAUCAAGCGAUACCAAAUAUAUUAGACGAAUCUAAAUCAAUGAGUCCGCAUUUACGUUUUGGAUGCUUAUCUAUUCGAACCUUAUAUUGGGCCCUUCAUGAUAUAUAUAAACAAAUUCAAAAAGCCAAAAAUUUUCCAGUGACAAAGAAUUUAAAUAAUGUCCACAUUACAGGGCAACUGAUAUGGAGAGAAUAUUUUUAUACAAUGUCUGUUAAUAACAUUAAUUAUGACAAAAUGGAAGAUAAUAAUAUAUGUUUGAAUAUUCCCUGGAGGUAUCCAACAAAUACUGAAUUAGAGAAAUGGAAAUUUGGAAAAACUGGUUUUCCUUUAAUUGAUGCAUCAGCAAGACAAUUGUUAUCGGAAGGUUGGAUUCAUCAUAUUCUUCGAAAUACAGUUGCAAGUUUUCUCACCCGCGGUGGCCUAUGGAUUAGUUGGGAAUUUGGUUUAGAACAUUUUUUAAAAUAUCUAUUAGAUGCUGAUUGGUCUGUGUGCGCAGGUAAUUGGAUGUGGAUAUCAUCAUCCGCUUUUGAGAACUUAUUAGACUCUUCGAAAUGUACUUGUCCAAUUGCUUUAUCUAAAAAAUUAGAUCCUAACGGAGAUUAUAUCAAAAGAUAUAUACCUGAACUACGCUCUUUGCCUGUUCAAUAUAUACAUGAACCAUGGAAAACACCAAAAGAUUUACAAGAACAUUGUGGAUGUGUCAUUGGAAUAGAUUAUCCAGAGAGGAUGAUCGAUUUGGAUUUGGCUUCAAAGCAAAAUAAUAUUGCAAUGAAUGCUUUAAGAAAGUCUCUCUUAGCCAGUGGAGUACCAGAUCAUGUCCGCCCAUCAUGUGAAGAAGAAAUAAUGAGAUUCUUUUCGAUUGUCUAAGUAUAAAAAGAAAUUUUAACAGCAUUUGUAUGUUAAAUAUUAUGUAUUGUAAAAGUGUCUAAAAUGUAAUAUGCAUGUAUUGAA